UCUGCACGGACAGCUAUCGCUAAGUUGCUAUAGAACCAUAAUCGAGAGCUAGUGCUCCACAUAGCAAUAUCAACUUAUGAAAGUUUGUUCACUUUUACCUCUUUCUCAAUAGAUUUCUCUUAGUUUGUCCUUUUUAAGGAUUUUACUAUAGACAUGGGGGUGCCUAAAUUUUACCGAUGGAUUUCCGAGCGAUAUCCUUGUCUGAGUGAAGUUGUCAAGGAGCACCAGAUCCCAGAGUUUGACAAUCUGUACCUGGACAUGAAUGGGAUCAUCCACCAGUGCUCCCAUCCCAACGACGAGGAUGUGCACUUCCGAAUCUCAGAGGAAAAGAUCUUCGCUGACAUCUUCCACUAUGUGGAGGUGCUCUUUCGCAUCGUCAAGCCCAGGAAAGUGUUCUUCAUGGCGGUGGACGGAGUCGCCCCGAGGGCCAAAAUGAACCAGCAGCGCGGGAGAAGGUUCAGAUCUGCAAAAGAAGCAGAGGACAAAAUAAAGAAGGCUCUGGAAAAGGGCGAGGUUUUACCCACAGAGGCCAGGUUUGACUCCAACUGCAUCACCCCUGGAACAGAAUUCAUGGCAAGAUUACAGGAGCAGCUGAAAUACUUUGUGCACAAAAAGCUGUCCAUGGACAGAAUGUGGCAGGGGGUCAGGGUGUAUUUGUCUGGUCAUGAGACCCCUGGAGAAGGGGAGCACAAGAUAAUGGAGUUCAUUCGUUCAGAGAUUGCUGAUCUGGGCCACGACCCUAACACACGACACUGCCUCUACGGCCUAGACGCUGACCUGAUUAUGCUUGGCCUUACCAGCCAUGAGCCUCACUUCUGUCUCCUCAGAGAGGAGGUACGCUUUGGAGGGAAGAAGUCUCAGAAGAGAAUAACAGCCCCAGAGGAGACCACUUUCCACCUGUUGCACCUCUCCCUUAUGAGGGAGUACAUAGACUACGAGUUCUCUGCCCUGAGGGACAAAAUCUCAUUCGAGUAUGACCUGGAGCGCAUUAUAGACGACUGGAUUCUGAUGGGCUUCCUGGUGGGCAACGACUUCAUCCCACAUCUCCCGAACCUGCACAUCAACCAUGACGCUCUGCCUCUGCUCUACCGCACCUACAUCAAUGUCCUGCCCACUCUCGGGGGAUACCUGAAUGAAAACGGCCAUCUGAACCUGGCUCAUUUCGAGAAGUACCUCGAGAAGCUGUCCGAGUUUGACCGGGAGCACUUCAGCGAGGUGUACGUGGACCUGAAGUGGUUUGAGAGCAAGGUGGGGAACAAGUACCUCAACGAGGCCGCCGGCCUUGCAGCGGAGGAGGCCGUGGGGAAAGACAGCGGCAGGAUCAAGCACUCCAUCGUUAUGCCGCCGUCCAAAGAUUCCCUCUGCCUUGCUGCUCUGGAUGGGAGCAGGGACUCAUUCUGUGCUUCAAGCAGAGAAGGUGUCGAGGAGGACGGUGAGGGUGACGACAUGUUUGAGGCGGAGUUUCGGCAGUAUAAGCGGACAUACUAUAUGACCAAGAUGGGUGUGGAAGUUGUCUCUGAUGAAUUUUUGGCCAGUCAGGCAUGCUGCUAUGUGGAAGGUAUCCAGUGGAUCCUACAUUACUACUACCAUGGAGUUCAGUCCUGGAGCUGGUAUUACCCAAACCACUAUGCACCUUUCCUCUCUGAUGUACGUAAAAUUGCUGACCUCCAUUUGACCUUUGACCUGGGCAAACCCUUCAUGCCAUUUGAACAGCUCCUGGCUGUCCUGCCUGCGGCCAGCAAAGACCUCUUGCCAAAAUCUUACCAGGACUUGAUGAUGUCCCAGAGUUCCCCCAUCAUCGAGUACUACCCACUGGACUUUAAAACAGACCUCAAUGGCAAACAGCAUGAGUGGGAGGCCGUGGUCCUCAUCCCCUUCAUCGAUGAGAAACGGUUGCUGGCAGCCAUGGAACCUUAUACAGAUCAUCUGAGCAAGGCAGAGAAGGGCAGAAACAGGCACACAGAGUGUGCUUUGUAUUGCUAUGAUAAAGAGCUGGAUUACCUCUACGUCUCGCACCUCCCUGACCUCUUCCCCAAUAUUAUCCAUUGCCAUGCAAGGGUAACGCCCAUCCCCAUAGAUGCCUGGCGGGUGUCUCAGGACUACGUGGGCCGCAGGAUCGACAGGAGUGCUCUGUAUUUUUGUGGCUUUCCCACAUUGCAGCAUAUCCGCCAUAAAUUCUAUAAGAAGAAGAGCGGCGUAGUGGUGUUUCAGCAGAGCAGCCGGGGAGAAAACAUGAUGCUGGAUAUCUUGUGCAGCCAGCAGAGGGAGGCGGUGGUCGAGGACAUUGCAGCGCUGGUGCUGGGGAAGUCUGUCUUUGUGAACUGGCCUCACCUGGAGGAGGCGCGCGUGGUGGUCGUUUCUGAUGGAGAGUCGAAGUUCUUCUUAGAGGAGCCACCAGGAGUACAGAAGCUGUAUCUGGACAGCACUCCUCCUCCUGUUAAAGUGAUCUAUUUGAAUGACAAAGAGCAGAAGGACUGGGUCAAGGAUGUGCAGGGAAUCACUGAACACCAUAGUAAGCGCAAGGGCAUCAUUAUAAAUGAGACAGAUGUCCUGUUGUAUGGGCAGCUGCUGACUGGCAGGAAGUAUGUGAUUGGUCAGAACGGACAAGUCCACCUGGAGAAGCAGUGGGCCAAGCAGAUUCUGCCCUUUGCCUACCAAACCAUUGUCAAGGAUAUCAAGGCUUUUGACUCCAACUUGGCUCGUUUCAAAACCCUUGAAGAGCUGUUUCCAGUGGGGACUAAUGUUUUUAUAGUUGGGAACCCCCAUUACGGAGCCAUGGGAGAGGUACAAGAUUCCACUGAUGUCACCAGUGAGGGGCGUGUGCGGGUGGUCUUCACUGUGCCCUGCGAACCUCAGCUUGAUACCUUAAUUCAGAACCAGCAUAAAUACUCGGUGAAGUACAGCCCCGGCUACGUCCUGGCCUCCCGCCUCGGCAUCACCAGCUACCUCGUCUCCAGGUUUUCUGGGAGCAUCUUCAUUGGGAGAGGAUCCAAAAAAAACCCUCACGGAGAGCAGAGGGCCAAUGUAGGCCUGAAUCUCAAAUUCAACAAGAAGAAUGAGGAGGUGCCUGGCUACACCAAGCGGAGCGAGAAGGAGUGGCUGUACUCUGCUGCUGUGGAAGAGCUGCUAGAUGAGUACCUGGAGAGGUUCUCUGAGGUGUUUGACUUUGUUGCCAGGAACAGCCAUGAUGAUGUCUUCUACGAGGAUGACAUCUGGCCUGGAGAUGAUGAGAAUGGGGCUGAAAAAGUCCAGGAGAUUACUGCUUGGCUGAAGACACACCCUGUUAGCUCCUCCUCCCGUGCAUCAUGUGACCUACAGAUUCUGGAUGCAGGCAUUGUGGAGAAGAUUGAGGAAGAGCUGGAGAAAUCCAAGGCAAAGAAGAGUAGCAAGAAAAUGCGUGUCACUGUGAAGCCACAUCUGCUGUUCCGGCCUCUGGAGCAGCAGCAUGGUGUUAUUCCUGACCCAGAUGCUGAAUAUCACCUGUUUGACCGCGUUGUCAACAUCAGAGAGAGUUUCUCUGUCCCCCUCGGCCUUAGAGGAACAAUUAUCGGCAUUAAAGGAGCUGAGCGGGAGGCUGAAGUGCUCUAUGAAGUGCUGUUUGAUGAGGAGUUUCCAGGAGGACUCACUAUCAGGUGCUCUGCAGGUCGAGGCUACAGGCUGCCCCCUUGUGCCUUAAUCAACCUGAGUCAUGGAGGCCGUCUGGAGCAGAGCUCUCAUAGACUUACUGCCGUCGUCAAACCGCAGCCCGCUUCCUCCACACAGCGCACGCACAAAAACCAGCUGGACGGCCUCAAUCAUUCCCCACGCUCGCUGUUCUUACCUACACAGCAAAACGGCAGGCAAAGCUUUGGUCUCAGGGUGGCUGACAUUCAGGGAAAUGCACACUCCCCUCACAAGGCCCUCAGCCAGAAAAACCAACAGAAGGACUCUGGCAAAGAGGAGGAAUUCAGUAAUGUAUGGCAGUCCCUGCAGAGUUCAGGCAUGCCUCAGAAGCCACCAGCUCAUUGGCAAAACCACAGCAAAGGGUCACUGGGACAGCAGAAGCAACUUGAGGGCCAACAGAGCAGCAACUCCUCCAGCAGAUCUGGUCAAGGUGGCAGUAUUAGACUACUGAAGAGGAAUGAAGAUUUAAAUGCUGUUUUGCCAAAAAAUCCUUCAGACAAGGUCUCUGCAGAGUUUGAAGAACUGAUAGCCAAUCUGAAGAUCUCUAAGGACCCUGAACCUACAGUGCCAACUAUUCAGAAUGAUUCCAAGGACCAAACAGGAGAGCCCCUUUCUCCCCAAUCCUUCGCUAUGAUGGGUACUAUGAUGCUAAAGGAAAUGUUGAAGAUUGACAGUUCAGGGACAUCUAGCUCUACCCCUGACUCCACCCCCCUCAGCACAGGCCAAAAUUCUACAAGCACUGGUGCCCAGCAGCAGAGCAGAAGACGUUCCUCUAAAAAGCUGGCUGCAAGGAUCAACACCCCUCAGGGUGAAGCUCCAGGUCCACCACUGGCUGCUCUGCCGCCUCUGAUGCCCAGCAUGGCCGCUGAACUUGGUCGCGCGUGUGUGGGGCUGAGCAUGGGCCCCCCCGAGUUCACCUUUCUCCGCAACAGACAGGGUCUGACCGUGUGCCAGGUGAAGCUGUCCAAUGGCCUCAUGGUCCACGGGCCCCACUGCCAGUUUGAGGUUGAGGCGAAAGAGAAAGCCGCCCUCUUUGCCCUCCAGCGUCUGAACUCCGUGAGCUCUUUCCCCCUGCCUAGUGCUCUGUUCUCUGGAAUGCAGCCAGUGAGGCCAAUGUCAUCUCAUCCCGCCAUGUUUGCACAGCCUGCUGGUGGUCUUUUAUUGCCCCCACAAGGCUAUGGACCUUUUUCCUGGGGCGUACAACUAGCUCCACAGGGACAGCCUUUCUACGGAGGCACAUUCCCAGGAGCACAUGGUCCUCCACCCUCUGCCCCCAUUGGAACUCACAACCAGUUUGUUCCCCUACAGGUAACUAAGAAACGGAUUUCAGGCCGCAAGAACCAGGAAGUGAGGCAGGAGCAGCCGAAUGCAGCCCGACCCAUGGGCAGUGGGACGUCCCCUUUGGCCACCGUACCUGCAGCACCCCAGUCUGGCCCGAAGACACCUCCACCCACCAGCUCCCAGGAGCAUUCGGAGAAACUCGCACCAACCACCCCCAAAACACCCAAGCAAAGCUCCAACCCCCACACACCAUCCUCAGCCUCCAAACGCAAACACAGAAAACUUGCCGUCAAUUUCGAGGCUGCCAAAGUGGUGGACUGAGAUCCCUUGUGAUGCCACCUGUCUUUGCCUAGAGCUCUUGUGUUUUACUAUGGAGAUUUUGUUUUAGAUCAUAAUCCUAAAUUGGGUGAAAAAGCAAUCAAGAAAAAAAAAAAACUGGACUCCAUGUUUCCAUCUUUCCAAGGCAGAUCGUAUAUUUCCUAGGUACUCUAGCAAUUUUGUUUUUGGUUGUUUCAGGUGAAUUAUAUUGAAAGCCCCUCUUUUAAUCUUUUAUUUCUUUACUUUUGGCACAAAAAAUGUCUGUCAUCUUCCCAAAUUGAUGGGACGAUCGCAAGAAAUGUUUUACAUUCACCGCGGGGGUGCAUUUUGCUUCUUUCACUAUGAAACUGUGCUUUUAUUCAGAUCAGUGCUUAUUUUUCAAUGCUGGCUUUUUACUAUUUCAACUUUAAUAAUUAUUUUUGUAACUGCAGCACAGUAAACAAAGUAUAUAUAAUUUGACACAAACAGGAAUUUGAUACAACAGUCUUGUAUUUGUUUUAAUUAUUGCCGAUAGAAGUGUUACAUUGCAGAAAUGCAGGUACUAAUACCUGGUUUCAGAAAUGAAUACAUCAAAGUCAAAUCCGUAAGGCCAUUAUUUCACAGAAACUGAUCAAAUUUUUUCUCCUCCACUAAAUUCUUUGAAUUGAGAUUUGCCUCUAUAAUAGUUUUCUGCACUUGAACAUGGUAUAUAAACUUAUCCAUGGCUCUAUCCUGAGAAGAAAUGAUUUAACAGGACUUAAUUACUCUGAGUUAAUUUAUCAAAGGUAUUGUGGUACAUUGUCAUCAUAGAGGAAGGGUUAGUUUGAACAUUUAAGAUUAUUUUAAUUUGAUAAUGCAGGAACCUGGAACAGAAACCUGGGCCCUGUUUGUUGCUUGAUUCUGGAUUCAAGUGCUGAUGAAAGUAAAAUUGUAUGCAUCUCUUAGCAGGACUUUUUCCUGUAUGUUUUCCAUUGGUUAUUCAUAAAUAGGCAGGUUUUUUUUUUUUACUUGAUUCACUUUUCUUUCAGUGGAAGAGAUUUAAUUAUUGUGUUCAGUUUUUAAAAUGAAAUUUUGUAUUUAAAUCCAUGGAUUUUAUGUCAGCCAUUUUAAAAAUGGACCUAUUACAAAUAAUGAUACAUUUUUCAGGCCCUUCUGGUGUAACACACUAAUUUUGUUCUUGUGCAAGCCUUUUUUUUUUCAGCAAAUUUAUAACUCGCCCAUCGCAUGUGUCCAUUUUAAUGUUAACAGCAAAGUACAAUUGUGUGCAGUGUUAUUUUGAAAUGAACUUGGUAGCUAAUUUAAACAAAUAAGUACAAAUAUGUAAACGGCACCUCCUCUUUGGGAUGUGGUGUAAAUAGACAUUUAAUAAAACUUUUGUUAUUACAAUU